AUGCCAUUGGGCUUCAAAGCGCUUGGAUUUGAAGCCCCCGAUCCUUCCGCGACUGCGACAGCGGCUUCUUCACCCUUCCCCGACUUGACCUCUGACUCCCGCCAUGCAGAGCAGUUUGCGGGCCAAUCCACGGACACUGGAAAAGGAGGACUCGUGAGCACAGACGCCAUGGGUCCGGAAGCAGAUUUAGACCUCGAGGGGCGGCCGCCCUAUUUCCAUGCAAUGCUUGCGGGAGGAACCGGUGGUGCAUUUGGAGACAUGCUGAUGCACUCCCUCGACACCGUCAAGACUCGACAACAGGGCGAUCCGAACGCACCGUCAAAAUACCGCUCGCUGACGUCGUCAUACUACACAAUAAUGCGGCAGGAGGGCAUCAGACGAGGUCUCUAUAGCGGUUGGCUUCCUGCCCUCGGCGGCUCAUUUCCCGGGACCGUCAUGUUCUUCGGAACAUACGAAUGGAGCAAACGAUUUCUCAUAGACCACGGUCUCCAACAUCAUCUCGCCUAUCUCGCGUCCGGUUUCCUCGGUGACUUGGCCGCGUCCAUCGUAUACGUGCCAUCUGAAGUCCUUAAAACUCGACUCCAGCUACAAGGGCGAUACAAUAACCCCCAUUUUAGUUCUGGCUACAACUACCGCGGCACUGUCGACGCCGCACGCACCAUUGUGCGCACAGAAGGACCGGCCGCCAUGUUCCAUGGCUACAAAGCCACAUUAUACCGCGACUUGCCCUUUUCGGCGCUGCAAUUUAUGUUUUACGAGCAAUUCCAGACGUGGGCGCGACAGUACAAGCAAAGUCGCGAUAUUGGCGUCGGUUUUGAGCUACUCACGGGCGCGACGGCAGGUGGUCUCGCCGGCGUGAUAACAUGCCCUCUUGAUGUCGUCAAGACGCGACUACAGACGCAAGUCAACCCGUCCGCGGCGAAGAGUACCUGCACACACGCCAAAGACCCGAAUCCACAAAAGCGCUCGAUAUCUACUUCCUCCCCGAGCACCCAUCGCCCCCGUCCCGGUGCCAUUCCGCUCGAGACGUCGUCUGUCGUUACAGGUCUCAAGGUUAUUUACAGAACGGAAGGUCUUGAGGGCUGGUUCCGUGGCGUGGGCCCUCGCGGCGUCUGGACGUUUAUCCAGAGCGGCUGCAUGCUCUUCUUGUACCAACGACUUCUCCGACAACUUGACGUAUGGAACCCCACCGACAAGGAAAGCGACUUGUAA